AAAAUCGAAGGAUUAUCUGCCGAACAAGUCAAAGAGAUGCGUGCGAAAGCAGAGCAGCACGAAUUCCAGGCUGAGGUGAAUCGUAUGAUGAAAUUGAUCAUCAACUCUCUCUACCGCAAUAAAGAGAUAUUCCUCCGUGAGCUGAUUUCCAACGCAGCAGAUGCUCUGGAUAAAAUCCGGCUCACUUCACUGACUGAUCCCAGUGCUUUGCAAACGAAUGAUGACCUGAGUAUCAGAAUCAAGGCCGAUCGGGAGAACAGGCUCCUUCACAUAACAGAUUCCGGAAUAGGAAUGACUAAGGAUGAACUAAUGAGCAAUCUUGGAACAAUCGCGCGAUCAGGCACUGCAGAGUUCUUGUCGAAAUUGAUGGACAGUUCCACUUCAGCAGAAAUGCAACAGGAUCUAAUUGGGCAGUUUGGUGUUGGAUUUUACUCCGCUUUUUUGGUUGCUGACCGCGUAGUCGUUACUACUAAGAGCAAUGAUGAUGAACAGUAUAUUUGGGAGUCGGAUUCCGGUAGCUUUAGUAUUAUGAAGGACCCACGUGGCAAUACUCUAAAGCGUGGGACACAGAUUACCUUACAUAUGAAAGAAGAAGCUAACGAUUUUCUGGAGCCCGAUACUUUGAAGAACCUUGUGGAAAAAUACUCUCAAUUUAUCAAUUUCAACAUUUACUUGUGGCAGUCUAAGACUGAAACUGUCGAUGAGCCAGUCGAACAGGAAGUCGUGAAAACUGGAGAGGAUGGUGCUGUUGAAGAAGAAAAGGAAGAUAAGAAAACAAAAAAGGUUGAGAAAACAACCUGGGAUUGGGAACGCGUGAAUAACAUGAAACCUAUUUGGAUGCGAAAGCCCAGCCAAGUCGAGCCAGAGGAGUAUGACGAAUUCUACAAAAGUAUUACGAAAGAUAUCGAAAAACCCUUGGCACAUGUUCAUUUUACUGCAGAAGGGGAGGUGUCGUUCAAAUCGAUUCUGUAUGUGCCAAAGCGGUCACCGAAUGACAUGUUCCAAAACUACGGGAAGGUUAUUGAGAACAUCAAGCUAUAUGUGCGGCGAGUAUUCAUUACAGAUGAUUUCGCCGACAUGUUACCGAAGUAUCUUGCGUUUAUCCGUGGUAUUGUUGACUCAGACGAUCUCCCACUUAAUGUUUCUCGCGAGAAUCUGCAACAGCAUAAGCUACUAAAGGUAAUCAAGAAGAAACUAGUACGCAAGGUAUUGGAUAUGCUUAAGAAAUUAGAAGGGACGCAGUUUGAUGAGUUCUGGAGUGAGUUUAGUACAAAUAUUAAACUUGGAGUGAUGGAAGAUCCAAGUAACCGCAUCAGGCUUGCUAAGCUCCUGAGGUUUGCAUCUUCUGCGGAUAAGGAGAAACUCACAUCUCUGACAGAUUACGUACAACGUAUGAAGGAGAAACAAACUAAGAUUUAUUACAUGGCUGGGACUUCACGAAAAGAAGUGGAGAGCUCACCCUUCGUUGAGCGCCUUAUCGCCAAAGGAUAUGAGGUUUUGUACCUUACUGAGGCUGUAGAUGAGUAUUGUGUGCAGGCGAUGCCAGAGUUUGAAGGAAAGAAAUUCCAAAAUGUUGCAAAGGAAGGAGUGAGCAUCGACGACUCCGAAACGGCGAAGGAAGCGUUCCAAGCUCUUGAGAAAGAAUUUGAACCUCUAACAACAUGGCUCAAAGAGACUGGUCUCAAGGGUCUAAUUGAAAAGGCUGUUGUAUCACAGCGACUUGUAAAAUCUCCAUCUGCUCUAGUAGCCUCGAUCUAUGGUUGGUCAGGGAAUAUGGAGCGCAUUAUGAAGAGUCAGGCCUAUGCGAAGUCCAAGGAUCCUACUCAAGAUUUCUAUGCGAACCAAAAGAAGACGUUCGAGAUAAAUCCUCGACACCCAGUUGUGAAGGAAUUGAUGCGGCGAGUCAUUGCUGACAAAGAGGACCAAAAAGCAAAGGAUACAGCUCUCCUUUUGUUCGAAACUGCUACGCUUCGAUCAGGAUAUUCGCUACAGGAUCAGGUUGGAUUUGCGGAACGUAUCGAAUCUGUUCUUCGGCAAUCUCUUGAUGUGGAUCCUGACGCGGAGAUUGAAGCAGAACCAGUCAUUGAAGACACAGAAGAUUCCAAAGAUACCUCCACUGAGGAAGGAACCCAAGUAGAAGAGGAACACUCCGAGCUCUAG